AUGCUGAAGGAGAGAAGGAUUUUGCCGGUUUCAAGCAACAGGGACAGGGUAUCGCCUUACCCGCUUCGGUCAUGUAGGAGCAAGAAACAAAAGGAGGCCGAGUCGCCUCUCGAGCCGGAGAGUGUGAGUGAAUGGGAGGACGUGAGGUGUGUGAUCUGCAUGGAGCCGCCGCACAAUGCAGUCCUCUUGCAAUGCUCUUCCUACUCCAAAGGAUGCCGUGCGUACAUGUGCGACACAAGCGCCCGUCACUCCAACUGCUUCAAGCAGUACCGCAGGAACAACAACAACAAGAGCAUGAGCCGCUGCAACGGCAAGACCCUGAACUGCCCGUACUGCAGAGGGGAGGUGUACGGGACGAUGAAGUCGACGUGCGCGAGGAGGUUCAUGAAUGCUAGACCGAGGAGCUGUGCGAUGGACAAGUGCGAUUUCUCCGGGAGCUACUCUCAGCUGAAAACCCACUUGAAAGCUGAGCAUCCCGGUUUCACACCGUCGAAGCUGGACCCUUGGGAGCAACACAUGUGGGAGCAGUUUGAAAGAGAGGCGGAGUACAUUGAGUUGAUCAAUGCUCGUCAGAGAUGGGAAGCGGAACAGAGUUUGUUGACCAACUCUCUCCAUCAGCUUCCUUACCAACAUCCCAUGAUCGAUCUCAACUUCGAUGCUUUCAUACACAACCUUUUCAUUGGUACAAGGAGCCAAGCGACUCCUGCCAAUUACCCGCCUCACAUGCCCCGGUUGGAGUUCCAUGAGCCCGUGUUUCCCCGAUGGACUCCGUGA